GGCUGGUAAGUGGCGGUGUGCACGAGAAGCGGCUGCUAAAUGACCUUCUGGAUAACUACAACGUACUGGAGCGUCCGGUGUUCAACGAGUCCGAACCCCUUGCGUUGAGCUUCGGCCUCACGCUAAUGCAAAUAAUCGACGUUGAUGAGAAGAAUCAACUGCUGAUUACGAACUUGUGGCUGAAAUUGGAAUGGAACGACGUCAACAUGAGGUGGAACGUAUCGCAGUACGGUGGAGUUAAAGACCUCAGGAUUCCGCCCCACAGAUUAUGGAAACCCGAUGUCCUCAUGUAUAACAGUGCUGACGAGGGCUUUGACGGUACCUACCCAACGAACGUAGUCGUCAAGGACAAUGGCACAUGUUUGUACGUGCCACCAGGUAUCUUCAAAAGCACCUGCAAGAUCGAUAUCACAUGGUUUCCAUUUGACGAUCAGCGCUGCGAGAUGAAAUUCGGCUCAUGGACCUACGACGGUUUUCAGCUGGAUCUCCAACUGCAGGACGAGACGGGCGGAGACAUAAGCAGUUUCAUCACCAAUGGCGAAUGGGAUUUGUUGGGAGUACCUGGUAAAAGGAACGUCAUAUACUACAACUGCUGUCCAGAGCCCUACAUUGACAUAACAUUCGUCGUAAUAAUAAGAAGACGAACACUCUACUACUUCUUCAAUUUAAUAGUACCAUGCGUACUAAUUGCCAGUAUGGCUGUCCUUGGUUUCACUCUGCCACCAGACUCUGGUGAAAAAUUGUCCCUGGGGGUAACGAUUCUCCUGUCCCUCACAGUGUUCUUGAACAUGGUUGCUGAGACAAUGCCAGCAACGUCCGAUGCUGUGCCGUUAUUAGGUACAUACUUCAAUUGUAUAAUGUUCAUGGUCGCCAGUAGCGUGGUCAGCACAAUUCUCAUCCUGAACUAUCAUCAUCGUAACUCAGAUACUCACGAAAUGUCUGAAUGGGUGAAAGUACUAUUUCUCGGCUGGUUACCCUGUGUUCUGAGAAUGUCGAGGCCUUGCGACAAGGAGGAAAAAGACGCUCAAAAGUCGCAAAAGCCCUCACCAGUAACAGGUGCCAACAAAGGAUACGGUGAUCUCGAGCUCCCCCAGAGAAGCAGCAAAUCAUUGUUGGCGAAUGUAUUGGACCUUGAGGAUAAUGCCCUGGCAUCCCACAACAACCUGUUAAACAAUGUUUACAGUACACCGGGGCCUCAUCAUCAUGCUCUGUCGGGGCAUGGUCACAGUCACAUACACACAACACCACAUCAUCAUCACAGUCAUACACCGGCACCAACGCCGCAUCAUCAACACGCAACGCCUUUACCACAUUCAUCGUAUCCAGCGCAUCAAUUGAGCCAUACGCCGCAUCAUCAUCAGCAUCCACAGGAUGGUACGACGCCCCAGGUUGAAACGAUACUACAGAGCGCAUGUUUUUGUGCACGUUACGAGCUCGUUCUUAUUUUGAAGGAAAUCAAGAUAAUCACGGAUCAGCUGAAAGCUAAUGAUGAAAAUACGAAGAUAACCAACGACUGGAAAUUUGCGGCAAUGGUGAUAGACAGGAUGUGCCUAAUCAUUUUUACUCUGUUCACCAUUAUUGCUACAAUCACCGUCCUAUUUUCAGCGCCACACAUCAUCGUCACGUGAUUCAAAAGAGCACACCAUAAACCACCAUUAAGUGGAGCCGCUCAUUUACGUAUAAAUAAUAUACGAGUAUUGGUUGU